AUGGUUAAUAUUGAAUCAACAUCCAAUGCCAUCUGGUGGAUUAAAAAUCCGAAUGCUGACAGAAAGCGUCGCAGCGCGGAGCGUGGGCGUGCGCGCAAAGAAUCGCUGGGCUCGAGCUUUUGUCUGGAUAUGGCUGUGCUUGUUCGUCAUGUGUCCUUGCAGGGCUAUGACAAACUAUUGGCGCCGGAAUUAACGUUGCUGGAAAGAUUAAUUUGGCUGCUGGUGCAUAUGGCCACGUUGGUUGGCCUGCUGGUGAUACUCUCACUCACCUGGGAAAACUUUGUCGCACAAUACUUUGUCAUCAAUCUGAAGGAUCCACUUUAUCCCAUUGAAAAUGUGCCAUUUCCGGCUGUGUCAAUAUGCGCCAACAAUCGCAUUUCCUUACAGGCCGUCAACGACUAUGCGCUCCUGCUGCAAAGCAACGAUCCAACGCCUCGCGAGCUCGAGUAUUAUACGAAUCAGCUCAGGUAUCUGGGAUUGCUGUAUGAUAUUAACAAUAGCAACUUUGAUGUUGAUCAAUACAUGGCCUUUCAAGCGUUUCUCGAACUCUUUGGCACCUGGGACAAUGAAACCUUCUUUAAUACGCGUCGUGUUAUGAAAUUGCUUACGCCUAGCUGUGAGAACUUUAUAUUGAAGUGCAGUUUGGCUUCUGCGGAGAUUUCCUGUUUCAGUGAGGAUGCUUUUCAGAAUAGUCUCACCAAAUAUGGACCCUGCUGUACUUUCAAUACAAAGAAUAAACUUAAGAAACGCAGUUUUAAGAAUCGUUUGGCUAACUCCGAAUUGGGCUUGAGCGUUAUAAUAAAUGCCAGUGACGCGGACAAUUUUGCGCCUGUCUUGAAUACCAAUGGCUAUAUUGUCAUGGUGCAUGAUGCGGAUAAUUAUGCUACAGUGAGCUCGUCGGGUGCUUUGGAAAUGUUUCCAGGACAUAAGGAGGAGAGUUUUCUGAAGAUCAAUGCGCGUGUCAUAGACACAGAUCCCAGCUUGCACUCAUUUUCACCAGAAAGGCGUGGCUGUUACUUUCAAGGCGAAUUCGAGAUGCCUAAAAAUGCACGUGCCGACACCCAUGCCGCGUAUUCCUUUCCCAAUUGCAUCACCCGCUGUCGCAUACGCAGCGUCAUAGCAUUGUGCAACUGUUUGCCCUUCCAAUAUCCUAUGGAGCUGGUUGAAUCUUUCGAUGGCGUUGUCUUCUGCACAACUAGCCAUGUUUCCUGCCUGCGUCAGUAUCAGUUCAAGUGGAGCAAUGUGCUCACGCAGCGCAUACGACUGGUGGGCAUGGAACGCGAGGCUGAAGAGGCUCUAUUUUGUCCCACUUGCAUGCCUGCCUGCUAUGAUAUUCAGUACAAAGUGUCCUUAAGCGCCUUGCCCAUUGACAAUCUCUUGGCCUCGCUCGGCAAUGACACGGAGCUGAAUACAAACAUAUCGCUGCUCCGCGUAUACUUUGGGCAACCCUCUGCCCCGCUCUAUAUGCGCCUGCUAAGCAACGAGUGGUAUGAAAUAUUCAGUACUGUUGGUAAUAUUCUGUCUGUUUUUAUAGGAUUUUCUAUGGUGGCCAUUUUCGAGUCGCUCUUUAUUUUAUGCAAAUAUAUAUUCAAAAGCUGUCGGCAGCUGAUAAGACAAACCUCUGCAGAUGACAAAGCUAAAGCUAUGAAAUCAUCAAAGUUGACUAUAUAUCCAUAA